CUUUAGAAUAAUAAUAUAAUAUUGAACGUUUUUAAAGAAAGUUUUACUUAUUAUAGUUAUUUGUAAUUUUUUACAGUUUUAUUUCAAUAAGAGUUUAAAGUUAUAAUUGUUAUUUGAUACCAAAAACGGCUGAUCAUGGAAACUUAUGAUGUUAUUGUUAAUCAGCCUGUCGUUAUAGACAAUGGAUCAGGUGCCAUUAAAGCUGGAUUUGCUGGGGAACAAACACCAAAAUGUUGUUUUCCAAAUUAUAUUGGACGACCAAAGCAUGUUAGAGUUAUGGCUGGUGCUUUAGAAGGAGAUACAUUUAUUGGACCAAAAGCAGAAGAACAUCGUGGUUUGCUAUACAUAAAAUAUCCUAUAGAACAUGGUAUUGUAACUGAUUGGAAUGAUAUGGAGAGAAUAUGGCAAUAUAUAUAUGGCAGUGAUCAACUUCAAACAUUUUCUGAAGAACAUCCUGUACUUUUAACUGAAGCUCCUUUAAAUCCACGACGAAAUCGAGAAAAAGCUGCAGAAAUAUUUUUUGAAACUUUCAAUGUUCCUGCAUUUUAUGUGUCAAUUCAAGCAGUUCUUAGUUUAUAUGCUACUGGUCGUACUACUGGAGUUGUUUUAGAUUCUGGCGACGGAAUUACUCAUACUGUUCCAAUUUAUGAAGGUUUUGCUAUGAAGCAUGGUAUUAUACGAUUAGAUUUAGCUGGCCGAGAUAUAUCACGUUAUCUCAAGUUAUUACUAAGAAAAGAAGGUUUAAAUUUUUCAACAUCUGCAGAAUUUGAAGUAGUUAGAGCAAUUAAAGAAAAAGCUUGUUAUGUAGCUCUAAGUCCAGUUAAAGAAGAAUCCUCUGAUAGUAAUGUGUAUCAAUAUAUGCUACCUGAUGGUAACAAAGUUGAUAUUGGCCCAGCUCGUUUCCGUGCUCCAGAAGUGUUAUUCCAUCCAGAUUUAAUUGGUGAAGAAUGUGAAGGCUUACAUGAAGCAUUAGUAUAUUCAAUACAAAAAUCAGAUUUAGAUGUACGGAAAAAAUUAUAUCAAAGUAUUGUACUAGCUGGAGGUUCAACUCUAUUAUCCGGAUUUGGUGAUAGGUUAUUAUCAGAAAUUAAGAAACUAGCACCUAAAAAUAUGAAAUUGAAGAUUUUGGCGCCACAAGAACGUUUGUAUACGACGUGGAUCGGAGGUUCAAUUCUGGCGUCGUUAGGCACAUUCCGUCGGAUGUGGGUGUCAAAACGAGAAUUUUUUGAAGAAGGCUCACGAGUGAUACACAGAAAGACUAUGUAAUCACCGCUGACCCGCUCACCUGCUACGUUAACGACCUUUUCGGUCAAGCGUCACGUCAUCACUAGGUACACGGUCAUAAUUACCAUACGCGAAUCUAUCAUUAUUUAUAUCGUCUUUUCUAACUACGUCUCGUAUAACUGAGAAGUAUUCUAUUCCAUGUGGACGGUGUUAAUACACAAACGCGUGGUUUUUUUUCUAAUACGGUUUAACUCGACUAUUUUGUCAUCCUUAUUCGCGCGAUGCCCAAACACCAAUAAAGAAGCUCUUGUACAAAUACUCAUUUUUUGUCAUCGGCCAAUUUGUUUUCAUUAUAUUAUUAAUAUUUGUUUCGCUUAUUGAUGUGUAUUUAAUAACGAUUAUAUAUACACAUAUAUAUUAUAUUGUAGAAUUCAUCUUUUUUUAUGAUAUUUUAAAUACUUCACUUCUGUAUAAAUAAAUAUGAUAUAGACGAGAGUCUAUGUUGUAUAAGAGUAAUUUUUAAUUUACCUAUACAUAUUUAUUGUUUUUCAAAAUUAAUUUAAUAUAUCAACGACGUCACCGCAGUCUUAACAGUUUAGCGGGAUCGGUUAAUAGCGUCUGUAAAUAUAGUAUUAUAUAAUUACUAAAUUAAAUUAAUUUAUUUUUGCUAUUGAAAUAAAAAACAAUAUUUAUUAAA